GGGGCGGUUCUCCCCGGCGGCCUGCGGGGCUUCCUAUACGGCGGCGAGCUGGUUCCCUGAGGAGAAAUGUGCUCCGCGGGUGAUCCCGGAGAGGGGAGGAGCACGCCGUUAGCGUGGGGAAGGGCGGGUUUUGUUUUUAGCUCUGGCUUCCCGUUGUCGGAUGCGACCGGGAAAUAUUUAAGAUGGUGGCUCCUUGGGGCAGAGCCUUCAUCCUGACGGACGUAGGGCGGGCGAUGCCCGCUGGCGUGGGUAGUGCUUUCUGUACGUUAUGUGUCUGUUCCCGGCUUCCACGGCCGCCUCACGCCCCACGGAUAAAGCCUGCGAGGCUGCGCGGCAGGAGGUGGAAGAGGGCGAGGAGCCAUGUCGUGGGUGGGUUGCGCGGAGUUUGGCACCUGGGUUUAGUGCUGCAGGCUGCUGUGGGACGGUAUUGCAGGCCUGCGGCGGUAAGAGUUAAGAGAGCAUUAAAGUUGGACACUGUUAAAAAAGAUAACCUAUCUGAUGCAACACCUUUGACGACCAAAAAGCAAAAUCUAAACUCUUACUCGCCGACAACAGGAACACGCCAAAUGAGUCCAUCUUCAUCUCCCAUGACUCAUAAUGCACAAAAUCUCAGAAAUCGCCCAUCAAAUGGAGAUGGAAUUGAACAGAAUGAUUCAGAAAGCAGAUUAUCCAGAAGAGGGCAGCCUCAAACAGAGGAGGAUGCGUUCAUGGAAUUGCAGUCCAAAGUGAAAAGUUCAUUGGUUAGAAUUCUGAAAAUAAGAGCAAAUCUGAGAAGCCUACAGGCUUUAGAGGGCAGUAGAGAGCUUGAAAAUAUUAUUGGUGUCUCAGACGCGUCUUGUGUCUUGAGUGCUGAAGUGCAGAAGACCGAACUGCUAAUGAGUCAAGCAGAAGAACUGCAGCUGUUGAAAAGAAAACUUCCUGCCCAAGAGUACGUUCAGCCUGCCAGUAGCUCCGUGUUCCUAAAGUCGCUCCUUGACUGAGGCAUUAUGUGAAAAAUGCAUUCCACAGCAACCCAAAGUUCUACAUCUGCUUGACUGUACUUAAAAGGAGAGAAGAAAUGACUGUAAACCUAUCUCCCCAGCAAAUACCAGUUUGGGAUUGCUCAUUGCUCUAGGCAGGUGCACAUCUAGAUAAAAUUUCUGGCAUCUAUUUAAACUUAACAAUGUGCACAACCAGAUAAUCUCAAUGUAAAUAAUACAUCAUGGUUGUUUUAUGCAAGCGUGUGUACAAAAUGCUGAUUGAGGUUUGCUGCUGCAUGGAAAAUAAACUGUAUUUUCUGUAUGUUCUUACUGCAAAUA